CUUUCGUCAAGGAGCAGAAGGAAGCAAGAUGGCGGCCCGGUAGGAGAGGGGAGCGCGGCGCCCGGCUGUGCGUGCUGGAUGUCGGCAAGGCUGAGGGACGCGGCAGAGAUACGUUCAGAGGGUAGCCUUGUGGAUGGCCCCGGAGCAGGCCAGAUGGAACAGGACAGAACCAACCAUGUUGAUGGCAAUAGAUUGAGUCCAUUUCUAAUACCACAAUCUUCUCACGUUUGCCAGGCAGAGCCUUCUGCAGUGAAGCUACAGAAUGGAAGUCCAGCAACAGAGAGGCCCAAAGUUGAAGUAAAUGGAGACCACAAGCAGCUAUUCAUUAAAAGCAACUAUGGAGUGCCCCACCUGAAGGGAAGCCCAAACAACCGUGUUAGUCCUGACCUUUUAUCUGAAAAGAAAGUGUACUCCAAAUGCCUGCAAAAUGGUGGGAUAAAACGCACUUUUAGUGAGCCCUCUCUGUAUGGACUUCAUGAAAGCAAGAAAGUGAAACAAGAGAUAAAUGGAGAAAAAGCUGAGCCAGAAGAUAAUAAAGAAAACCCAAGCAUCUCCAAUUGUUACAGUGAGAAGAAAUCUGAAAGUUUGACAGGACAAGAAAAUGAAGCUUCAGAUUUGAUACAGUCUACAAGAUGCAACAGUGGUGGUUCAGAAAACCCUCAUGAUGUCCUGAUUCAGGAUGAGCAGGAGCAGGAAAACAUUCAUUGCCACAACAGGGACAUUGUCUUACUACUUAAGAACAAGGCAGUGCCAAUGCCUAAUGGUGCUACAGUUUCUGCCUCUUCCAUGGAAAGCAUGCACGGUGAACUCCUGGAGAAAACACUGUCUCAAUACUAUCCAGAACAUGUUUCCAUAGCAAUGCAGAAGAACACAUCUCAUAUCAAUGCCAUUACCAGUCAGGCUACUAAUGAGUUGUCGUACAAGACAACACAUUCAUCCCAUACCUCAGGGCAGAUCACUUCUCCACAGACCUCAAACUCUGAGCUGCCUCAAGUGCCAGCUGUAGUGGUUACUGAGGUCUACAACACAGAAGACUCCGGUAAACCACCUGUAUUGCCAGGUAGCUGUUCACUUCAGAAACCAGAACUACAGCAACAGAUUCCAAGCUAUGAUCCACACCAAUUACCCAUAGGAAACAGUACUGGUUGUGGAAGCGUAGGGCAGGUUCCCAACCAUAACCUCUCUCUAAGUUCCAGCAGUAACCUGCAAGCUCAGAGCACCACUCUGGAAAGGUUUUCUGAGCAAGCAGAAAAAAAUGGUGCUUACUUUACACAGAACUCAAUGUUUCACAAAGAUUCCUCCACUCCUCCUGCUCCGGACACGAACACUGUACCAUCUGUUGUGGUGCAAGAAGGACACCAUUCCUAUGACAACAGAUGUGAUGAAACUCUUCCUGGUGAGAUAAAGAAUGAAGGACAGCAAAGAGCAACGUCAGAAAGUCCCAGCCUCAGCCACCAACAGUUGCACCCUCAGCAGAGACUUCCACAGCAGGCACAAACAUCACAGCAAGAUGUCAAUGAAAGCACCCCACAAGCUGCUGUGGCCGCCUCAGUUCAGCAGCCCCCACAAGAAAUUACGCCGGCGCCAGAGCCUCCCCUCCAGAAUCUGCAAGGGCGUGGAAGUGAGGGUGACUUACAGCAACACUAUCAGCACUUCCCAGGACAGAGUGAACCUGAGAUUCCUCCUGACAAAGAGAAGGACCAAGUGAAAGAGCCUGUGCUACAGGCUCAACAUUAUCUGAAACCAGCCUGGAUAGAACUGGUUUCCACCCAGUUCCGCCAGGGAGAGCCUCCCCGAAAGCCCAGCAAAGCAUAUUUGCGAUCAGUUCUUCAGUUCCAGGCACACACAGCUGAAACAACCUACACAAAGCAGUAUGCUGGAAGUCCUGAUGCAUUAAAGGGGCCUUUGGGACAGCCCCAGAGCCAGAAGAUAGUGCAGCAGGAACAAAUUCCUCCCCCAUACAAAAGCGAGACCUCCCAGCCACAGCCGCAUCCCACAGCUGACCAGCAGCUGCCAUUCCAGAAGCACUCACCACAGCCGCAGCUCACGAAGGUGGAUUCUCUACUCAAGUCCCAAGUCCAGCAGCUCCAUUUCCAGCAAAGACCAGAGCAACCUGCUGAACAGCCUUCAGGAGCCCCACUGAAACAGCAGCACUUGAAUCCCCAACCAAGGGAAAAAGAGCAAUUUGUACAUUCACACAUUUUGCAACAGAUGCUUCAAAAACAGGCACAGCAGGUGCAGCUGCCUUGUGCUCCUCAGCUAACCCCAAACCAGCAACAGGUUCUGCAAAUGAAAAGUAAAGACCUGCCCCAAACCAUUUCCCACUCCCAAAGCAAUGCUGAACAGCUGCUAGAUAGGACAUCCUUCAAUCAGCUUAAAGCAGAUGAAUGUUUUCAACCUGGGAAUAAGUACAUGAAAUCAGCUGCAUUCCCACUGCAUAACCCUCAGCUAAGCCUGGAGCAGGUACAGAGCAUGAACAGCAAAGCUCCUCGUUACACUCAGAAAGCCAACGCUAGUCUGCAGCAUCCCUGCCCAAACAACAUGCACUUGAAUCCUGAGAAGAAAGAAAACACCACAAAUAUUGAAUGCUUUGGAGCCAACAAAACGCAGGACUUGCAACAUGUGCAGUAUUUCCCCAAUAACUUGACUGCAAAGCAAGAUGUGAAUCACUGUUUUCAAGAACAAGAGCAACAGACACAAGCAGCUUCAGUUAGGCAGCUACCACCACUCCAGCAAACACAAUGCUAUGGUGGUAGCCUGAACCAAGAUCUCCCAGGUCAACAAGCCACACAGGUGCCUCAGCGGUACUUACCACACAGCCAGCAAACUGUCCCACACUCCCAAGACCAGAGAGGUUGUCAUUUGCAUUCCCAAAGCCCUAAGGAUUUCCAAAAGCAUGCUGCUCUGAGGUGGCAUCUUUUGCAGAAACAGGAGCAACAACAAGCGUACCAGCAGCCCAAAGCCGAGGUUGGUCCCAGCGCAGCGCGCAAGCCUAUAAAAACCGAGGCUGGCACAAAGUCUAACGUCUGCAUGCGGCCAUCAGCUGGACAGCUGGAAAACAAAAUGUGGAAAAAAACAAUUAAACAAGAGAAUCAGCACUUUGGCUGUGACAGCGUGCAACAAAAGAGCAUCAUCGAGACAAUGGAGCAGCAGCUGAAACAGAUACAUGUCAAAUCACUGUUUGAUCACAAGACUUUUACUAUCAAGUCACCCAAACACGUGAAGGUUGAAACAGCAGGCCCUAUCACCAUCCUAUCCAGAAAUACCAGUGCUGCAGACUUUGAUACUCAGACCCCAACCUUAGAGCAACAAGCAAACUCAUCUGCUGAGAAAACCCCAACCAAAAGAACAGCUGGAACUGUUCUCAAUAAUUUUUUAGACUCACCUUCCAAGUUAUUGGAUACACCUGUGAAAAACUUAUUGGACACACCUGCCAAAACCCAGUAUGAUUUCCCAUCUUGCAGCUGUGUUGAGCAAAUUAUUGAAAAAGAUGAAGGCCCUUUCUACACCCAUCUAGGAGCCGGUCCUAAUGUGGCAGCUAUUAGAGAAAUCAUGGAAGAAAGAUUUGGCCAGAAGGGUAAAGCUAUAAGGAUUGAAAGGGUUGUCUACACUGGGAAAGAAGGCAAAAGUUCUCAAGGAUGUCCAAUUGCUAAAUGGGUAGUCCGCAGGAGCAGCCAGGAGGAGAAGCUGCUCUGCCUGGUGCGCGAGCGAGCGGGCCACACGUGCGAGACGGCCGUGAUCGUCAUCCUCAUCCUGGUCUGGGAGGGCAUCCCCACCAGCCUGGCCGACAGGCUCUACUCCGAGCUCACCGACACCCUGCGCAAGUACGGCACGCUCACCAACCGCCGCUGCGCGCUCAACGAAGAACGGACUUGUGCAUGUCAAGGGCUGGACCCUGAAACUUGUGGUGCUUCAUUUUCCUUUGGGUGCUCCUGGAGCAUGUACUACAAUGGUUGUAAGUUUGCCAGAAGCAAGAUUCCAAGAAAGUUUAAGCUGAUGGGAGAUGAUCCAAAAGAGGAAGAAAAACUAGAAUCCCAUUUGCAGAAUCUGUCAACCCUGAUGGCACCUACCUACAAGAAGCUUGCACCCGAUGCAUAUAACAACCAGAUCGAGUACGAGCACAGAGCCCCUGAGUGUCGCCUGGGCCUGAAGGAAGGUCGCCCGUUCUCAGGCGUCACUGCCUGCCUGGAUUUCUGCGCACACGCUCACAGAGACUUGCACAACAUGCAGAACGGGAGCACGCUGGUUUGCACACUAACUAGAGAAGACAAUCGUGAAAUUGGCCAAACACCAGAAGAUGAGCAGCUCCAUGUGCUCCCGUUGUACAAAGUCUCUGAUGUGGAUGAGUUUGGAAGCACGGAGGGCCAGGAGGAAAAGAAGAGGAAUGGCAGCAUCCAGGUCCUUACCUCCUUUCGCCGAAAAGUAAGGAUGUUAGCAGAGCCUGUCAAGACGUGUCGGCAAAGGAAGCUAGAAGCAAAGAAAGCAGCUGCAGAAAAGCUUUCCUCCUUGGAGAACGGGUCUAGCAAAGCUGAAAGAGAGAAGUCUGCUGCAGCACGCAACAAGCAAGGCAACUCUGAGGCAGCAGGUCAUGCCAAGCAGCUAGCAGAUCUCUUACGUCUUUCAGGACCAGCCACACAACAACAGCAGCAGCAGCAACAUCCGCAGCGCACUCUUCCCAACAGCCAUCAGUCCAGUUCCCUUAACUCUUACUCGGGUUCAGGUUCUGCAAAUCUCUAUGGAAGGUUGCCUAAUCCAGCCAGUGCUUACCCAAGCUCUUCAUACACUUCAGAUCCUUAUGGAGGGUCCAAUCACAUGAACCUCUACGCAACCUCAUCACAGCCUGCGGGGUCUUAUUUGAAUUCUUCCAGUCCCAUGAACCCUUAUUCAGGAUCCUUAAGUCAAAAUAACCAAUAUCCACCCUACCAAUGCAAUGGAAACAUACCUAUGGACAACUGCCCCUCUUACUUGGGCUCCUACCCCUCCCAGCAUCAGCACAUGGACUUGUAUAGUUGCCAGAGCCAAGACCAUAUGUCUAAACUCAGUCUACCACCCAUUCAAACAUUAUACCAGCAUAGGUUUGGGAAUAACCAGAGUUUUGGUCCCAAGUACUUGAAUUAUGGAAACCAAAAUAUUCAGGUAGACUCCUUCAAUAACUGCAUUAGACCAAAUGUACACCAUGUAGGGUCUUUUUCCUCUUACUCCACCCAUGAGGCUGACAGCCAUUUCAUGGAGGUUGCCUCAAGGUUAAAAUCUAAUCUGAGUAAUCUGAGCAUGGAUUAUGCCUCCAGGAGUAAAACCAGUGACCAUCACUGCAUGCAACCCCUGCCACAUUUAGCACAUGACUACCAUUCUGCUCCAAGCGUCUUUAGCAGUCCUCCUAAUUCACUGCAUCUCCAAAGUAAGGAUAGUGAAAUGAUUUCACAUGCAGUUAAUGGUUUGUCUAACAUGCUUCCAGGUCAAAACCACGAUAGGACUACUCCCCAGGGUGGCUUAGAUAAAACCGAUGUGCUGAAUCCAGAAAAGGCAGAGGAUCCUGAUGAAGUCUGGUCAGAUAGUGAGCAGAACUUUCUGGAUCCAGAAAUUGGAGGAGUGGCAGUUGCUCCAUCUCACGGGUCAAUUCUCAUAGAGUGUGCAAAACGUGAGCUUCACGCAACAACUCCCUUAAAAAACCCCAACAGGAACCAUCCCACCAGAAUAUCCCUUGUCUUUUACCAGCACAAGAGCAUGAAUGAGCCAAAACAUGGUCUAGCUCUGUGGGAAGCAAAGAUGGCUGAGAAGGCAAGAGAGAAAGAAGAGGAGUGUGAAAAGUACGGUCCAGACUAUGUGCCUCAGAAAUCUUACGGCAAAAAAGCCAAGCGGGAGCCUGCUGAGCCACACGAGCCCUCUGAGCCAACCUACCUGCGCUUCAUCAAGUCUCUUGCACAAAGGACACUGUCGGUCACCACAGACUCCACAGUAACUACAUCUCCAUAUGCCUUUACACGGGUUACAGGGCCUUACAACCGAUACAUCUGACUUCACACCUUUGUUGGUUACCUCAUCUGCAGAAGAACACCUUGUCACUAGGGCGGUAUGCUUUAGGUCUGGGGGAAGGCAAGGGUGGAGAAGAAAACAGUGUUCAUACAGAAUCCUCAGUGGAGAAAGCCUCAGCACACCAGCAAAAAGAGCACUUAUUUUCCACUGAUUUUGAAGUGGCCACAGAUGGCAUGUAGGGAACAAGACCAAAGCAUCCUAUGCAAAAACAAAACAAACAAACAAAACAAAACAAAACAAAAAGUUGUUUCACAAUUUGCAUUUGAAAGCACUGGCUCCAGUACUGAAAGAGGUAAUCUGCAAAUUAACUUUUCUUUCCUUACAGUUUUGCACAUCUGUGGCCACUUUUAAAUAUCAUCAAGUUUGCAUAGUCAUGGAACAGGAGCAAAAAAAAAAACAACAACAAAACAAAACAAAGUCCUGUAGUAUUGCAACUGCAGGAACCUUAAAACAUCAUCUGGUGCUGAAUCUAUGAUGUACUGAAAUACUGGAAUCAUGGCUUUUUACCAUGCAGUUUUUACUGCUAUCUUAUUAGUCUCUUGAUUUUAUUUAACAGAGUAGGUAAGUAUAAAAUAUAACGAAUAGACAGCAAAACACUGAAUUUGUUUGGAUGUUCUAAACUCAUGGUGCUAUCUAAGAGAAUGGUGUCUUUGUUUUAACAGUCAAACAGUUUAUGCCUUUAUAACAACAAUGUAGUCAAACGUUCUUCAGCGACAGGGAGGACCUUUACACUCAUGUAUGUAUUGAAUUUAUCUGGUGUUAAAAUAAGCUUACUUUUUAACAAGUGGGAAUUACAAAGACCUCUGGAUUUUACUCAUCCAGUCAAGUCCUGGAAUAGGACAAUAAAAUAGAGAGAGAAAGAGAUUAUUUUUUUUUUGUUUAAGUAGUGUUUCGAAAGCACUUUGUCUACCUAAGCUUGGCGACUUGAACAAUGCUGAGGUACUAAGACAUUAAAAACAAAAAAUUAAAAAGAAAAAAAAUUAAAAAGAAAAAAAAAGAGUUUACUUUGAUUUUCAAAUGCAAAGAUAGUUUUUUUAAACUAAAAAAGAAAAAAAAAAAAAAAGCUUUGAAAUGCUUUUAUUUUAGCCAUGCAUCUGCUAGUGGACAACAUAUCCAUUUUUAAUACAGUCAGUUAUGGUAAAAAUGGGGCUUACUGGAUAUAAGGGAAUACUUUAGUACACAAAACACAUGUUUUUUCUGGUGCUCAUCCACACAGCUAUACUGUAAACCAUUUUCUACAACGACUAUGACAAGUUCAUUGCUCAAAUAUGUACAGUUUUAAGGAAAGACUUUUAUAUUAACCACAGGCAACAAUUUAGCAGCAUGCGACAGACUACAAGUAGUUAGCUUAGUUUUCAGAGAUCUGUAACGCUCUUCACCUACCCAAUGGCGGAUCGCUUUUGUGGUGAUCAUGAUGUCACAUCGUGGUGCAACUCGUUUCUUGGUGCAACUCGUUUCUUGGUGCAACUCAUUUCUUGGUGCAACUCAUUUCUUGGUGCAAAUGUCCUCUUUUCCAGGAAGAUCGAGCAGACCGAUGCCUACACAAGAUGAAUGAAACAGGGUUAGUUCUGUCUGAUUCCGUUGAAUAAUAGAGGAAGAAAAAAAGAAAAUAAGAGAAAAAAAAAAAGGCAGCUGGCUUGCUCUGGUGGUUUUAAUUCAUUAAUUUCUAUUAUUAUUUUUUUUUAAUAAAUAAAAAAAAUAAAGCAGGAGAGUUGUAUAGUAAAUUAAAUUGUAAACAAAACCUUUUUUAACGCAAUGCUUUAGUAUUUUAGUACUGUAAAAAUAUUAAAAUCUCUAUAUAUUUGGGUUUUGAGCUGAAUUCACAUCAUGGUGCUACUCAGCCUGCUACAAAUAUAUCAUAAUGUGAGCUAAAAAUACAUUAAAAAGGUUUGAGUGAUGUUCCUACUUGUCAUAUACCUCAACACUAGUUUGGCAAUAGGAUAUUGAACUGAGUGUGAUAGUUUAUAUAUUGUAUGCCAUCUUUCCCCCUCCCCCCCCAAUAGCCUUCAAGGAAAAAAAACCAAACAAAAAACAAAACAACAACAACAAAAAAAGAAACCUCUCUCAAUACUUGACAUUUUAGGAAGUAUAACUUGAACUUCAAUCUUUUUAGGUUUUCCUUUCUUUCUUUUGUUUUUUUUUGGUGUGUUUUUGGUUCUAAAAAUUCAGGGAUAUUUCAGCUCACGUUCUCCUAUGCCAACGUGUCACCUGUGUGUAUGUAAAGCUGUUGUAGGUUAACUGUAUUAUUCUUUGGGGUUAUUUUUGUUUUGUGUUUAGGGUUUGGUGGGUUUUUUUUGUUCAGGGAUUUAAUGCUUUUCUUUCAAAUCCCUUCUCUAUUUUUUUUCUUGUACAUGUUUAUCGAUGUAACUAAAACUAAUUUUUGUAAAUUCAUUAGCUCUUUUUACGGUAAUUAAAGUGGUUUAAGAGAUUUAGAAUGUUUUGCCUGUUUCAAAUGAAUAAACAAAAAGAAAGUAGAAUGCACUGAGCUGAUUAAAGGGAAAAAAAACGUAAGGCAGGGGUUUGGCAAGUGACUGUUUGCUAGAGUUGUUCGAGUCACUCUCUAAACAAGGCUUCUUGGAUACUGUAGUGAAUACAAUAGACUAUUAAAAGGUACAGCUGUACAAGGGCUUCCCUAAACAUGCAAACCUCCAUGUCCCAGAGAUAUCUUGUGCAAUAUACUGUAAGUUUAAGUUCAGUCGAAAGAAAUUUUAUCCAACAGAAUCACAACCAAGUUCGAGUAAAUCAAAGGAGGCCUUUGGGUUUAAGGGUCAAAUAUUUAUUAUGACAGUUUUGUUUUUUUUUUUAAUUCUCAGUCUGUGACUUUACCCACUGCAUUGAAACAAAAGUUUCACCUUUGAAAAAGAGGGGGGAUGGGGAAGAAUGAAAUGAUGGUUUUAUGUCAGGUUAAUUAAAUCAUUAUAAAUCUUCCUCUCCUGGCAAUGUUUUUUUAAAGACCUUUACUAUUCAUGCUAUCUGUAGAAGAUGUUUGGUUACUAUGCUGUGCACUGUCAUUUGCCAAACUGCUGGCAGCAGGAGCAGGAAGCUUAGCUGGAGAAUCAGUUUCAUAUUGUAAAUACCCAAGCUGUAACUUUUGGUGUACAGACCCCUGCCUCUGCUGGAACGAAUGACAAAGCAGACAUAAAAUUGCUUGUAUAGGAUUAUCAGGUUGACUAUAGCCAUACUUGAAGAUGCUUCUGAGUGGUGUCAACUUUACUUGAAUGACUUUUUCAUCUUGAUUGACGCACAGUGGUAUAAAGUUCACUUCUAAAGCUAGUGGUUAACUUGUGUAGGAAACUUUAGCAGUUUGACACUAAGGUAAUGAACUUCUGUGUGCAUUUUUAUGCUUAUGUUCUACCUUUUUUUUUUCUUUUUAAACUUCAGUUUCCUUCAUUUUCAUGAAAUGUUUGGUUAUGUCUAUAAAAAGAAUCCGAGGAUGGUUAUAAAUACUGUAAGUAUUGUAAUGUAAUGCAGGUUAUUUGAAAGCUGUUUAUUAUUAUAUCAUUCCUGAUAACGCUGAGAUGUGGGUGUUUUUAAUAAAAUUUAUAUUUAUUUAAUGCACUCUAA